ACAAUAAGGGAAGAACUCAAAAUGAGUCCUUUCGUUUUCACUCAAACGCUAAAAAAGCCAACAAAUGUUACUACGGACCGUAUCAGCCGCCACCGCCGAGACAACCAUCUCACUGAUAAACAACAAGAACAGCAUCUUCGACCUCUUCAAAGCAUCAACUUCACUCUCUCACCUCGCCCAAACCCACACUCAGAUCAUUCUCCAUGGCCACCAAAACGACAUCCAACUACUCACAAAACUCACCCAACGACUCUCCGACCUCGGCGCCAUCCCCUACGCACGCAGCCUCGUCCUCUCCUUCCAUAAACCCGACGUCUUCCUCUUCAACGUCCUCAUGCUCGGCCUCUCCAAGAACGGAUCACCUCACUCUUCGCUUUCCUUGUUCUCCCACUUGAGAAAACACACUGAUCUCAAACCCAAUAGCUCCACUUACACCUACGCUAUCUCCGCCGCUUCGGGCUCUCGCGACGAGAGAGCUGGCCGUGCUGUUCAUGGUCAAGCAGUCAUUGAUGGGUUCGACUCGGAACUGCACGUCGGCUCGAAUAUCGUGAAGAUGUACUUCAAGUUUUCGCGGGUGGAUGAUGCACGGAAGGUGUUCGACAGAAUGUCUGAGAGAGACGUGGUUUUGUGGAAUACUAUGUUAUGUGGAUACAGAGAGAACGAGAUGUAUGAGGAAUCUGUUAAGGCUUUCAGGGAUUUGAUCAACGAGAGCUGUACGCGUUGGGACGCAACGACUGUGUUGAAUAUACUCCCCGCUGUUGCGGAGUUGCAGGAGCUGAGGUUUGGGAUGCUAAUCCAUAGUCUCGCGACGAAGACAGGGUGCUACUCCCACGAUUUUGUGCUUACGGGUUUCAUCUCGUUGUACUCGAAGUGUGGAAAGGUUGAAGCUUUGAAUGCUCUGUUUCGAGAGUUUUGUGCACCGGAUGUUGUAGCUUACAAUGCGAUGAUUCACGGGUAUGCUUCUAACGAAGAGACUCAGCUCUCUGUAAGCUUGUUUAGAAAGCUGGUGUUGUCGGGGGAAAGGUUGAACUCAAGCACGCUGGUGAGUUUGAUCCCUGUCUCUGGUGGUCAUCUUAUGCUUGUAUAUGCCAUUCACGGUUACAGCUUGAAAUCAGGUUUCUUGUCUCAUGAAUCUGUGCCAACCGCGUUAACAACGGUUUACAGUAAAAUGGACGAGAUGGAUUCAGCACGAAAGGUUUUUGAUGAGUGUACGCACAAAAGCUUGGCGUCUUGGAACGCAAUGAUCUCGGGUUACACGCAAAACGGGUUGACAGAGGACGCGAUAUCUCUGUUCAGAGAAAUGCAGAAGUCUGAGUUUCGUCCAAACCCGAUCACGGUAACUUGUAUUCUAUCGGCUUGUGCGCAGUUAGGAACGUUGAGUUUGGGGAAAUGGGUGCAUGGUUUAGUAAGGAGUAGCGAUUUUGAGUCUAGCAUAUAUGUGUCUACUGCUUUGAUUGGUAUGUAUGCAAAGUGCGGAAGCAUUGAAGAAGCACGUCGGUUGUUUGACUUGAUGCCGAAGAAGAAUGAAGUUACAUGGAACACAAUGAUUUCAGGUUAUGGGCUCCAUGGGCAUGGACAUGGAGCUUUGAAUAUCUUCUCUGAGAUGUUGAGUUCCAGCGUUGCACCGUCCCCAGUCACUUUCCUAUGUGUUCUCUACGCUUGUAGUCAUGCUGGCCUUGUCAAGGAAGGUGAUGAGAUUUUCAGUUCCAUGAUCCACCGGUAUGGUUUCGAACCAACGGUCAAGCAUUACGCAUGCAUGGUUGAUAUUCUUGGCCGAGCAGGACAUUUGCAGAGAGCAUUGCAGUUUAUAGAAGCAAUGCCUGUUGAGCCGGAUCCUUCCGUGUGGCAGACACUGCUUGGAGCUUGUAGGAUUCACAAAGACACAAACCUUGCACGUACCGUCUCUGAGAAGCUCUUUGAGCUAGAUCCAGACAAUGUAGGGUACCAUGUUUUGCUGUCGAAUAUUCACUCGGCUGAUAGAAACUAUCCACAGGCUGCUACGGUCAGACAAGCUGCAAAGAAGAGGAAACUAGCCAAGGCUCCUGGUUAUACCUUGAUAGAAAUUGGUGAGACGCCUCAUGUGUUUACCUCGGGUGAUCAGUCACAUCCACAGGCGAAAGCAAUCUAUGAGAAGCUAGAGGAGCUCGAAGGGAAGAUGAGGGAAGCUGGGUAUCAACCGGAGACUGAGUUGGCGUUGCACGACGUGGAGGAGGAAGAAAGGGAGCUGAUGGUGAAAUUUCACAGCGAGAGGCUAGCCAUUGCCUUUGGACUCAUUGUCACCGAACCAGGAACCGAAAUCCGGAUCAUAAAGAAUCUCCGCGUCUGUUUAGACUGUCACGCCGUAACUAAACUCAUCUCGAAGAUCACAGAUAGAGUGAUAGUUGUAAGAGACGCCAACCGCUUCCACCAUUUCAAAGAUAGUGUUUGUUCUUGCGGAGAUUAUUGGUAGCGACUUGUUUUGGCCUCAACACAAGUCAUACUGUACUCAUAAUGUAACAUUACAUCACUCAAUAAGUCAUAAUUCUUUUUAAGUCUUGGGAUCUUGUUAUA